CUUAAACAACACCUUGUUCAAUACACCAUGUCGCAAACUCGCAACUCAACUUGAGCAAAAUAUGCAAACAUUUUGCUGUUCUUGUUAUCUCCCCCAUACUUUCCCACCUCCAUCUUGCUCUAAAAAUGGCGGCACUCCCAAUCUUCCAUGGCAGAAGACCUCCUCUCUUAUCCUCUGUAAUCCAAUUACCAAUUUCACCGCCAUUAAAGCUUCUUCUUCCACUUCAAUCGACAGCUUAGAUGAAGAAGAUGGUGAAAGAGGAGAGGGAAAGACUGAAGCUGCUGCAAAAGCGUCAGGAACAAGCGCUAGAGGAAGAAGGCUCGUCAAAUUGCGUGAAGAGAAGCACAGAAGAGAACAUGACCGCCUCCAUAAUUACCCUUCUUGGGCUAAGGUUUUAGAAGAUGCGUGUAAGAAUGAUUUAGAGCUUAGAGCAGUACUUGGGGAUAGUAUUGGUAAUCCUGAACUUAUGCGCAAAAGGGUUGAGGAAAGAGUUAGGAAGAAGGGGAGAGAUAUCAAAAAAUCCAAGACAGGCUCUGUUCUUGCCUUCAAAGUCAGCUUUAGAGACUUCAAUCCUCUAGACUCGUACAUCUGGGUGGAACUAUUUGGUUCACCAUCCGAUCGAGAUGUCGAUCUGUUUGGAAGUGUUAUUCAAGCUUGGUAUGUAAUGGGACGCUUAGGGGCUUUUAAUUCCUCGAAUUUACAGUUGGCGAGUACCUCAAUGGAGUAUGAUCCCCUGUAUGAUGCUGACAAAGCUCUUAAAGUGAUGCCUUCUUCAUUCCAUGAUAUUAGUGAUGUUGAAUUUCAGGAUAAUUGGGGACGAUUUUGGGUAGACCUUGGAACAGCUGAUGCUUUUGCCAUCGAUGUUUUGCUGAAUUGCUUGACUGUGUUAAGCUCAGAGUAUCUUGGUAUCCAGCAGGUAGUUUUUGGUGGUCGUAAAAUGGGUGAUUGGGAAGAGGGGAUGACUAGUUCUGAGUUUGGUUACAAGUACUUCAAAAUAUGAAGUGGAAUCCGGAAUCUACGCCGACGAGGGUAUAAUAAUUAUGCAGAGGUUCCUUACUAGUGGUGCAAUCUGUGCAGAGCAGAUAAGAAGACGGUAAAAAUCUUCAAUAUCAGGAACACCUUAUCAUAUCCUGGACUAAGGUUUCAUCAUCUUCAUUAUAAGGUGUGUUCAGAGCCUUGUUAGCUUUGAUUGGCAAGAAAUCAACUACAAACAACAGCUUUUAUCAUAGAGUGCUAAAUCCAGAAGGCGCAGCAUUGCUUGACAAGACUGUCUUGCUUUGGAAGCUGCUGCCAGUCAAAUCUUCAUUUUAUGGACAUAGAAGCAAGUGUACUCAAGCUAUAGAUGUGUUUGCAUAUUGCAUCAAAAACAAAUAGAUGUGUUUGUCAAAGAAAGUCGAACCCAUCCCCAGGUCCUCAGCUUCGCUCAAGACAAUUUGAUACUAGUUUCUUGCAAUAUGAUAAUAUCUUCUCCCAUUAAAUAAUUCAAUGUGCCUCCCUAUACUUCACCCUGUCUGCAGAUAAAUUUGUAACUAGAUUUGAUGCUAGGUCAGCUAUUAUGUUAUUUAAUGCAUAAUUAAAAUAUCAAAA